UUGAACAUGCUUUUUCUACAGUGGUGAUAUUCAGGAACUGUUCUGAACGUUGUCAGUAUAACGCUUGUUACUUUAACAUUGUCUUGGGUUUUGUUGGUUCUCUGUUCUUACCGGUACAGUUUUUUAUUUAUUUAUUUUUUAAAUUGUAUCUUAAAAAAAAAAAAAAAAAAAACUGUAAAAGGACUGGUGCCUGUAUCAAAUGGUUGUCGGUUUUAGAAAUAUUUAGGUACUGUGCUCGUCUCGUGAUGUCUGUGCACUGCAGAUCUGCCCUUUUCUCCAUUCUCUCCCGAAACGUCAGGGGAGGACUGCAUUCUUCGAGGAAUACAUGGUCUGUUGAUUCUAAUGUCCGAUUUGUUUUGUGUCACUUUGGAAACCAAACUAAACCUCGUGUUUAUCAGCAUGGGUCACCUACAAUUAAUCAACUGCUUCCUUCAGUCCCGCAUUCAACAUUGGGGAAAUCCGUGAUACAGUCCCGCUGUUUCAGCCAGACUGGUUUUCCUUUUAAAGAAGACGAAUAUCCUCCUCUUCCUGACUAUGAUGACAAAGCAGAAGCUGGAGCAAAAGAAAUGUUUAUUAUCAGAGCAAGAGGCCUUCCCUGGUCUUGUACAGUAGAGGACGUGCAAAACUUCUUCUCAGACUGCAGAGUUCGAGGUGGUGCUGAUGGAAUACACCUAACACUGAACAGAGAUGGAAAGCCAAGUGGAGAAGCGUUUAUUGAGCUGGAUUAUGAGGAGGAUGUCCAAAAAGCUUUAGAAAAGCACAGGCAGUAUCUGGGUCCGCGUUAUGUGGAAGUGUAUGAAGUGACAAACAGUGAAGCAGAGACUUUUCUGAAGCAGUCUGUGGAUUCUCCUGUGAACGAUGGAGUUGUGCGUCUCAGGGGACUCCCUUUUAGUUGUACUGAAACAGAUGUCAUUCAGUUUUUUGAAGGUCUGGAUGUUACUGCAAAUGGAGUUACAUUAGUUACAGAUCGCAGAGGGAGAAAUACAGGGGUUGCUUUUGUAGAGUUUUCUUCACCAGAAACGGCAGAUCAGGCUUUACUGAAGCACAGAGAAUCAAUGGGCAGCAGGUAUAUUGAAGUGUUCCCAAGCAGUAAGAUUGAGAUCCAAACCCCCAACGGCCCAAAGAAAAAGCAAGUGGAGGCUCGUCCCUCAGCACAGGCUAGUUUCUCCAGUAACACAGCCACAUGGGUUCAAGAUAUCAGGGAUGCACACCCAGACGAUAAAAGCGGCGAUGGUCCAAUGUCUGAAUCAAAUAUAAAUCCUGAAACAAGUCUGUUUGUUCACAACGUACAUAUGAGAGGUUUGCCGUUCGAUGUUAAUGGACUAGAUAUUGUAAACUUUUUCUCUCCACUGAAGCCUGUCAAAAUUCACAUUGAGUUUGGCCCUGAUGGGAAAGCCACAGGUGAAGCAGAUGUGUAUUUUACCACUCAUGAAGAUGCAGUGUCAGCCAUGUCCAAAGACAGAUCACACAUUGAAUAUAGGUAUAUAGAACUGUUCCUGAAUUCUGGAUCAUAAAACCAGUGAAGAUGAGGUGUGUCCAAGAGUCAGGGACAAUAUCUGAGAAGACAGCAAUGUUCCUGGCCAGAAUACCUGCGUAUAAAAAUAAGUAAAGAAUAUCCAUAAGUUGCACUGCCAUGUGUAAUUAAAAAUGUCUCUUAUUUUGUGUUACUGGUUUUUACAACAGCAAAAAAAAUUAACAGAUUUUAGCAUGUGCUGUACAAAAUAACUAUUCUAGAGUUUAAAUGUUAAAUUGUUUUUAACAAUGCAAGACUGAAAACAAUCUGCUUAUUAUUACUGUAAACAAUUGGUGUAAGAGUGUAAUAAAAUGGGUAAAUCUUGUGGCGUAAUAUAUUUUCUACAUCAAUGCUAACUUAUUUGUUUACACAUUUAAAAAGAUGGUGUUCUAUUUUAAAUGACUGUUUUCCACAAAAAAACAGAUAUGGUUACAGGUGGUAAAUAUAAUGGUAGUACCUCAAACUUCACUUUUGUCACGGGCUAAGUUUGUGUUGUGGGAAUAUUUAAACAGUUUGUCAUCAGUAUUUAGGGGGUAAAAUCCAGGCCUUAUUCUUUCUUUUUAUGCAAAUGCAACAGUGGCUUUAAAAUAUACCACUCCCUUUACUAAACCACCAGUUCGAUUACCUAAUAUUACCUAACAGGAGGUUUUCAAGAUCGGUGGAGCAGUACUCUCACUCUGGGAGUACAAUAUGCAUAUGGAUUUCUAGAUAAAUAAUAAAUCAACACAGCUGCCACUGGAUGCUUUUUUCAGAGAAUUCUAUCAUAUUGCAAUGACUGUACUGUUUAGCAUUGUAUGUAUCUAAAAUAAAAUCAGGAACUUUG